UGUUAUUGACAGUCGAGGCGAAGGAAUUCAGUUUGAAAGAGAGAGAAAAAAAACAACAACCAGGAAGUAAAAUUCAGGUGGAAACGUAUGCGCUUUGGUGGACCGUGAAACUUUAAGUUCUUAAAGGGUUUUUAAACGGUUUUAAGCAAUAUCGUCAACUUUGGAGAAAAUUAAUCCAUCGGUUUUCGGUCGGAGGGCACGGUUUCCAACAAGAUGGACACUGAUCCGGAGCUGGGAGGAGUGCAGCCAGAACCGGAGCCGAAGGACAAGGUGCAGACCUUGAAGGACCAGGUCGAUGGAGUCAAAAGCAUCAUGACGGAGAAUGUGGACCGGAUACUGGCCCGGGGAGAGAGGCUGGACGACCUCAUGGACAAGUCAGAGGGUCUGAAAGAAGGGGCUCAGCACUUCAAGCAGACGUCUCAGAAGGUGGCCCGCUCCUACUGGUGGAAGAACGUUAAGCUGGUCGUGGUCAUCAUAGUAGUUGUCGUCAUCAUCAUCCUCAUCAUCGUCCUACUGGCCACUGGAGUUAUCCCUGUCAGUGCCCCUGUGCCUCCCAUCACUCCCAUCAGUCCCACCAAGGCGCCCUAAACACACACAUGUCCACACAGACGCAAUUAAAUCACGCAUACCUAAUGUACAGUAUACAAAGUUAUAUAUAGACUGAAGCAAAUCAUUACUGUCUGGUGAAACAAAUUCAUUUCCACUGGUAACUUUCAGAAAUUCCAAUAUUUCCUUCUUUUGGUUUAAGGCACUUUAAUGACACACAAAGGCAUUUGAAGUCCUUCUAAGAACAGGUCUUCACUGUCACUGGUCUGAGAGGACCCUUCAUCACCACUACCACCAGCUCCUCUUUGUUUAACUGAGCCACCACCAACGGUUACUUCAUCCCAGCCAAGAGGAAGCCACCUGAAUGUUUGUAGAUCAAAACGAUGACUGUGGAUUUCUCCAGUCUUGGGUUUUUAUUAUCCUGUUCCUUAUGAAUGUUAUGAAUCACUCAUGUGCACCUUUACAAGUGACAGCAUGUGUGGUUUAAGGUACACAAAAAAAAAAUUAGACUAUAUAUUUUGAUGUUUUUGGGAAAAGUGCACAUAAAGCUAACAGUUUAUUUAGGUCACAGCAUAUUUAAGGAGAUUCAUGGAAGUGUAUGUUACCCUUUGUGGGCUUAUUUUAUUCAAAGUGCCUUUAGUUUCUAUAUAUUCAGACAAUCUAAUAUAUAAAAAAAAAAAGUUAAUUGGAUGGAAAUGCAUAGCACUGCUUUACAUCUUUAGCUCUGUAAAUGGUGUCCGAGGACCAGUUAUUAAACUUUUUUAUGCACAGAGAAGCAGAAGAAGUAUUAGAGCAGUGAGUUGUCGCCCACCACGAUAAAUGAGCGAUAGUUAAAAAUCCACUUCGUGUUUCUGGUUAUGUGGUCGUGAAAAGCAGAAAUAUAUGCUGUGUAAAGGGCGGAGAACACACAUGUACAUUAACGUAUCAGUAAAUGCUUUUCUGUUUGUUUGUUUGUUUGUUUGUUUUUACCUAAUUUAAUAAACUCACCCUUUAGGUUCAAGCUGGUCCCACACAAGGAUCUGACUCUUCCAGCCAACCAGCUGAGAGACAUUUAAAAGCCCUGACAAGGCUUCACCUGCUGGGCCCAUGUCAAUAGGUUUAAAACUGGAAAAUGAAUCUCCAAAAACAUAUUCAGAAGAUCAAGUCUAUAGAAAAGAUAUUAUGUGGCUCAGCUCACCUCUUUCUGCUGUUACAGUUUAGCUUCAGAGAGGUCACGGUUAAUUAUUGACUGUAUAUAGUCAUCAGAUACUGUAUAUUUGAUACAGCCAAGAACCUUUGUGUUAAUAAAAGUGCAUCUUAAUAGACUUUAUGUUAUUCUCUUUUAAUCAAUAAUGAAUUAAUCAGACAGAUUCCUGUAUAAAUAUAUUAUAUAGACUGAUUACUCAGAUAGUGCUGGUUUAAAAAGGUUGUUGGUACAAAUUCUGUGUUGUUGACAUGCAGUAGUCUCCGAUCCCUUAGACUGUUGCUAGUUAUGCUGCAGCAGCUGUCACUUUGUUAAACAAUUUUAUUCUCUGUCUUUAAAUCGUGUUCUUUUGAAUUAAAAUAACAAACUCCUCAACUGUUGUGUGAUGGAGCUGAAUGUUUGAAUUCUCUGUCCUCCUAUUCUGAUGACUUAUUUAAGGGUUUUAACAGUCUAAGAUGUAAUAAAUAGUAUUUACUUUG